CUCUCCAUCUCUCCCUCUCCCGAAACCCUUCCUGCGCCGAAGGGUCGUCUUCUUCAGAUCUCUCUCCGCCGACGAUUCUCAUCUCCCUCCGGCCACUUCUCGUCACCGACCAUCCACCAUGAUGCAGCAACCGGCUCCGUCGACGGACCCUCGCGCCCAGCAGCCGUACCAGCAGCAGCAGCCCUGGAUGGCGCAGCAGCCUCCGGCGGCUCAGCCGGUCCCUCCCCCCGCGGGUUGGACCCCUCAGCCGGUCCCACCCCCGCAGGUGCAGCAGUAUGGGGCCCCUCAGGAUCCCGGCUCCAACGAGAUAAAGUCUCUUUGGAUCGGAGACCUGCAAUCAUACAUGGAUGAGAACUAUAUCCUUAACUGCUUCGUUCACACUGGAGAGGUCGUUUCGGCAAAGGUGAUUCGUAACAAGCAAACUGGACUGCCUGAGGGUUAUGGUUUUGUUGAGUUCGUAUCUCGAGCUGCUGCGGAGAGAGUUCUGCAGAAUUUCAAUGGCACUCCGAUGCCAAGUUCUGAGCAGACCUUCCGUAUGAACUGGGCUACCCUUGGUCCUGGUGAAAGGCGCCAAGAUGAUGGUCCUGAGUAUACAAUUUUUGUUGGAGACUUGGCUGCUGAUGUCACGGACUACACAUUGCAAGAGACAUUCAGACCCCACUACCAGUCAGUUAAGGGUGCUAAAGUAGUUACUGAUAGGGCCACCGGUCGUUCCAAAGGUUAUGGGUUUGUUAGGUUUGGUGAUGAAACUGAGCAAUUACGUGCCAUGACUGAGAUGAAUGGAGCAUUCUGUUCUUCCCGUCCCAUGCGUAUUGGGCCCGCUGCAAACAAAAAGACUGCUGGUGGAGGACAAUAUCAGCAAGCUAGCUACCAGAAUACUCAGGGAAGUCAAGGCGAGAAUGAUCCCAAUAAUACAACUAUAUUUGUGGGAGGAUUAGAUCCUAGUGUUUCAGACGAUGUUCUGAGACAAGUUUUCAGUCAGUAUGGGGAGCUGCAUAGCGUUAAGAUACCAUCAGGCAAGCGUUGUGGAUUCGUCCAAUUUGUCAACAGGAGCUGUGCAGAACAAGCACUUGCAAUGUUAAAUGGUACCCAGUUAGGAGGGCAGAGCAUUCGACUUUCAUGGGGCCGUAGUCCUUCGAACAAACAGGUUCAACCUGAGCAGGGACAAUGGAAUGGUGGUUAUUACGGUUAUCCACAGGGUUAUGAGACGUAUGGAUAUGCACCUCCACCUCAAGACCUGAACAUGUAUUAUGGAGGGUACCCGGGAUAUAAUUACCAGCAGCCUGCAAGCUACCAGCAGCCUCAGCAGUAAUGAAUUCAUACAUUUCGAGUUUGGGUAAUUGCUCCCAGUCCGUGACAUUCAGGAAGGAUGCCCUGCUAUUAAGGGUUUCCCGUCUGUUCCAUCUUCCAAGGAAUAUGUAGACCGUACUGUUCUCUUGAUUUCUUUUUUUCUUCUUCCCCUUAUGUUUACUGGAUCUGUAAUCUGUUACGGUUGGAUGGAUCUUGUGGUGCACACUCCUUAUCGAUUGCAACUCAGCUCUUAAGACUCGUAUAUUACUAUGUUAUGAUCCGUAUUCUCGGUAUGCUUUUUUC